AUGUGUCCCGACGAGCCCGGCAGGACGAGAACGGGGCCGCCGAAUGAAAGGCGAAAGCAUUGCAGGCGACUGGGUCGCACGAAGCUUAUCAGCGUGUCGACGGCGCUGCUGCUGAUGCUGGUGCUGCUGUACAUGCUGCUGCAGGUGCAGGUGACUCAAGGUGCCGAAGAGUCCGACUUUACGAAACAGUGCAACAACUGCAAGUGCAGUUGGAAGAGCGGUCGGAGAAGCGCUGACUGCACGAAUCAGCGCCUGCAGGUUGUGCCGAAGGAGCUGAGCAGUGAGCUGCAGAUCCUCGACCUGUCGCACAACCAGAUCUUCGAGCUGACGUCAGAGACGUUCGUGAUCGCGCAGCAGAUGAACCUGCAAAAGCUGUACCUGCGCUACAACGCGAUGCAUCGCGUGCAUCGUGACGCGUUCCGCAAUCUUACGAUUCUCAUCGAGCUCGAUCUAGCGAACAACAAUCUAACCGUGAUCGAGCCGGGCGUGUUCCACGACCUCAUCAAAAUCCGCGUCAUCAUCCUCAACAACAACCAGCUCGAGCGGAUCGAUUCGAACCUGUUUCAAGGGCUGCAGUACCUCACCAAGGUGCACAUGCGCAGCAACCGGUUGGUGCGGAUCGCGCAAACAAGCUUCGUCAACGUACCGAACCUGUCGCAGAUCGAACUCGAUCACAACGAACUGAAGUCACUACAGAAGGAGUCGUUCACCGGGCUGGACAAGCUGACCAGCCUGUCGCUGACGAACAACCCGUGGAACUGCAGCUGCACGAUGCGCAGCUUUGCCGAGUACGUGAUGGCCAACAAGCUGUACACCUCGCCGACGACGUGUGCCCUGCCGAUGUCACUUGCCGGUCGGGAGUGGGUUGACAUCGAGCUGGACGACUUUGCGUGUGCGCCAAACAUCGUCGAAAGCCGGAUACAAUACCUGGGCGAUGGUGAGAAUGCGACGUUUGUCUGCAAGGUGUCCGGGCUGCCAUUGCCCAAAAUCGACUGGCUGUUUCAGAAGCGCUCGUUCUCGCGCCACGACCAGCGCCUUCGCAUCACCGAGGCUGUGCGGACGAACACCUACGAUCAGAACGAGCUGCUUGUGUCCGAGCUGAACAUCGUCGGUGUGCGGUCGUCCGAUCGGGGCGCGUACGUGUGCAAGGCGACCAACCGGGGCGGUGUUGACGAGAGCGAACAGUUCUUCGAUAUGAAGGGUGAUCCACACCCGACGACGUCGGCCACCCGGUCGAAGGAUAUCCUGUGGAUCGUGCUGGCCAUCGUGCUGUUCGUGCUGAUCGUGGUCGCGAUCGUGCUGUUGCUGGUGUGUUUCUGCUGCACCAAGCGGCGUCCCUACAAGAAGCACCCGGUGAACGGUGAGAAUGGCACGAAAAUGCUGGAAAAGUCGCAGAACGACUCGAUUCUGGAGGGUGGCUCGGUCAUUGGCGAGUCGCACAAGGGUCUGCUGACGGAAGUCAACCCGGUGGAGAAGCCACCGAGGCGCGUGGAUAUCGACGCUGUCGGCGAAAAGGGACUCGGUGUAGGGAUCGGUGGCGGUUUAAGCGUUGCCGGCAGCCAGUAUGACGAAAAGCACGAGGCCCAACGCACGUUGCUGGAGGAGACCGGUUUUGUCGCCCAGGAUGAGGAAACGGCUUCGGUGGCGCUGUCGGACACGAACCCGCGCUCCCGGGCCACGUACGUAGAUGACGCCUGCGGUACUAACCUGCCACCGGAUCUGUUGGCCUUCUCGGCCCGUUUCCCGCAGUCGCCCUCGAUCCAGAGCUCGAUGUCGAACAUCCACGAUGGGCGCAUCUACGGCACCUCGCCGUUAGCCAGCCCAAUUUACCAGACCGGCCCGGGCACCAGCCUGGGUGGUGUGGCCCCAUCCGGUCAGAUACCGGCCGGUUUUCGCACGCUGCAACACCCAAAAACGGGCCGCACGAUAGCGAUCGCGUCUGGCCGGUCCAACUCUCCGUUCACGCCGGCCCCACUAAUAUACCCACCGGUGGCCAUCAAACACCAGGGGUAUGUGACAAUCCCGCGCAAACAACGCACACCCAGCUGGACGCCGUCCAUGAGCUCGGCGGUAACGGCGGAACUGCUGCCAGCGGGUGGUGGCCACAGCGGGGCAACCAGUCCCACCUCACCCAUCGAUCCGAGCUCCUGCGAGCCGGUCUAUGACAACCUGGGCUUGCGGACGACAGCGUCCGGUAACUCCACGCUCAAACUAAACAAGACCCAUCGGGGGUCACCGCACGGAUCCGCCGGGUCCGGUGCCAUCACGUCAACGCCACUGACGAAAUACAGCAUGAAAGACCGGCCGUUACCGGCCACACCCGGUGGCCAAACACCGUCGGUGCACGGUAGCAAUUAUGAGGCUAUACCGGAGGCGUUGGCUUUCCCGAUCGUCGGUACGCAUCCGCGGACUGGUGGCUUUGCCGACCUUGACCGAUCGGGCAUCUACGGUCCGAUGGUGACGCCAUCGGCUCCAUCAGCAACCUCCACGCCAGGGUCCUCGAGUACGCUGAAUCGCAGCAAAAUUCCGCCAAGACCGCCACCGAAACCGAAGAAGAAACCGCAACCUGCGGAAGGAUUCGUACGACUGCCCAGCCCGGUCGGUGGUUUGGCCAUCACCGGCAGUGGAGGUGUUGGUGGGGCCCAGGACACCAGCACCAGUCCACUGUUCGCGGAAGAGUGCGAAGAUGGCACCGAGGUUUAG